AUGGAUUGGAGAAAGCUUUUCGGCUUUCAACAAGGGCAUGCACUUCAAUUCUUCCAACCAAAAUCACGCGAUUCCAACCCCAUCGUUCAGCCUCCUCUAGAAGUCUAUGAAGCUGGGAUUGCCGAAUGGAGGACUUCACUCGUGGGUCAAUUCCUUGGGGCUGCACCAAAUUUCAAUACUAUGCAGAGGAUGAUUGAGAAUCUAUGGAAUAACACAUCUAAGGGGAUUCGCGUCCAGGUGAGUUUCGCAGGCAGAAAGAAAUCUAUUUCUCUUUCAAAAAGAGGCAAAGGAAGACCUGUCAAGACUAAACCAAAGAAUUCUCUCAAAGGAUCCUCUAACAGAUUUGAGGUCCUUAGCACAGUUGAUGAAACUUCUUCCUCCUUGGAUGAUCUUAAUAGAAAACCAAGAAGAAUUUGGUUUCUUUGGACUAAAGGCCUUAAUCUUUCUUUAUGCCAUUCUACUGCCCAAAGUAUUACAGUCAAAGGCUUUUCUCAGGGUCAACCUUUUUAUAUUACUGCAAUCUAUGGCUAUAAUGAUGGCUCUCAAAGGAGGCUUCUAUGGCAACACUUAAUUGACCUUGAUUCUAGAAUUGGUUCUUUUCCAUGGAUCCUUGGUGGUGAUUUCAACAUCAUUCUUCACCCUUCAGAAAGCUCUGAUCAUGACAUUAUAGGUUCUUUUGUCUCCACUGAUAUGAAGGAUUUCCAAGAUACUAUCAUUGACCUUCUCCUUCAAUAUCACCCUUACUUUGGUUCUUUUUUUAACUGGAGCAAUAAACAAAAAGACUCCUUCCUUGCUAGAAAACUUGACAUAGUGCUUGUUAAUUCCAAUUGGAUCACUACUUAUAAAAACUUUUUUGUGGAAUUUGUAGCCCCUAAGCCAUCUGACCACUACAUGGCCAUUCAAACUGUUCAUGGUAACCCUAUGAUGUCCCUAUUCCACAAGCUUAAAAGAUUGAAAACAAGUCUGAAGACUUUAAACAAAGAAUGUUUUAGUAAUAUUUCCAUAAAGGUCAAGCAAAAGAAAGCUGAACUAGAACAAUUUCAACUCUCUACUCUGCACAGAAUUGGUUCCAUUGACUCUGAACUUAGACUACAGACUGAACUGACAGCCCUUGAAGUAGCAGAAAAUCAGUUUCUAAAACAGAAAGCCAAAGUUCAAUGGCUUAAGGAAGGUGAUAAAUGCACAAAAUUCUAUCAUUCUAUCAUUGCUUCCAAGAACAAAAGAGAUACAAUAAGAAUUUUAGAGAAUGAACAAGGCUGUAGACUUGAGACUUUUGAUGAUAUUUCCUCUGAAAUCAUUCAAUACUUCAAAAACCUUUUGGGAAAAGCUAACCCACUUAUCAGAGACAGUGACCAUCAAUUUUUUAAAAACCUUCUUCAGUAUAAUUUAUCUCCUGAAAAUUCUGCUGAAUUGGACAAAGAUAUCACUUCUAAGGAAAUAAAAGAUGUUAUUUUUAGUCAAGGUAAUGACAAGGCACCUGGUCCAGAUGGUUUCACUCCUUUAUUCUUUAAAUUAUGUUGGUCAGUGGUUGGUGAGGAUGUCAUCAAAGCAGUCAAAUAUUUUUUUAGCAGUUCUUUUCUUCUUCCAGCCUUUAACUCAACCAUUAUUGCCUUGGUCCCAAAAAGCUCCAAUCCUAGCAAGGUUAAAGACUAUAGACCAAUAUCUUGA